AGUUAGAGCAUCAGACCAAAUAGGUCAGAGGACGUGUGUGAGUACAUCCGCGGGGCUAUGAUUCGUGUCUGCAUGGCUCAAUUUUGCCAUCGACUCACUAGGGCAGAUACCGGCGUGCAAGUGAGUCGAUCGUUCACCCAUAAAGGGAUUCCCUCGUCUCGCCGAGCUCGACUGGAUCCAGGUCCGCACACAUGCGUGUUUGUGUUUGUGCUGUGUGCUGAACAGUCUCGUCAAGCUUCGUAAGCUACGAAAAACCCUCCACGUGGCUACAGCGAGUCACAGACACAUCCACCUCCCUCCCCCCUCAUGUCAUGUGUCUUGUCGCAUCUCAUUUAUUAUUCCCCCUCGACGUGCAGACACACCCGCCCUCGCGCGCCGAACACACGCAUCAUCAGGCCCCACACACCCCCACACGCAACAGCACCCUCUUGUCGCUGCUGAUCACUCUCCCACCUCACACGAACCACACGUGGAUAAAGGGCUCGCAGCAGCACAGGGGGCACACGCUCGCCCUUCCGUGUGUGAAGCCAGACACAAGUCGCCCUGUCAAACUGCAGAGGAGUGAAGGGACGGUAGAGCUCCAGCCACGCCCAUUCGUCCAUAGUGUCACCAUCCGCCAUGCAAUCUAUGUGCAGCGUGCCACAGGCACACCCCGCCAGCCACCGCAGAGCAGAUGCAGUGGGUGCGUGCAGAGAGGGGAUGACGUGAGAGGCGACAAACGGCGAGAGGUGCAGGUGCUCAAUCGACAAAGCCACUCCACUCACACACGCAGCCGCAUCUAUCACUCCAUCACACGACAGACACCUUGAGGCGAUGCAGUCCACACAGAGAAUCAAGCGACCCAGAUCAGCGCCUUUCGCGGCGAGCACGUCAGCCAGUCGUCCGUUGCCCUGACGCAGCCACGACAUGGUGGGGGGGUCCACAGGCACAGUGGACAGAGCACCAACAUGCACAGCAGUAAGACAGCUCAGUGAGGGAGCCAAGGUGAGCAGCCUAGUCAGUGCGUAAGGGCAGGCGUGUCCCGUGACGUGCAGUCGCUCCAGGGCGCUGGAGCUUUCGAUCCACCUCGACAGCCACUUGACGUUGUUUGCGUCACAUUGGUGCACCUGACCGACCAACACGCAGACACACACAGAUAAUAGGCAGACGCACAAAUGUCGUGCGUCCCUCACCGUGAGCUCACGAAGUGCACUCAGCUUCCACUGUCUGAUCCACGCGAAGGGCAGCAUCACAAAGUCGCCCAGCUCCACCUUCACGAGGCACUCAAACUGACAAACCGGGCCCACCAGCAUCACCCAUUGGCUGCAUCCCCGCCUGUGGGGUCAUACUGCCCCAUCGCGCACACGAAACCACCCGGAUCUCCCUGACACACUUGGCUGACGCUUCAAUCACCCUCAGCAGCAGCCGCAGGCUGCCCUCCCAAUGCUCCACGACGAUACGCCGCACACCUGAAAGUGUCGUGACCCACCUGUCUUCCUCGGUAAGAGUGAUGGCGUCGCCCCAAGCAGCAGCAGCGGCUCCAACAGGUCCGACGGUGAAUGCCAGAUGGGCGGAGGGGUGGCGCACGCUCUCGUAGAGGGAGUGGCACACGUUGGCGAGGGGGAUGAUGUCGAUUGUGUUGAGGUGGACGAACGUGCGGCCAAGCAGAUCCAGGGGGAGAUCCGCUGCCGAGGCCUGCAUCAAUCAGCAGCCCUCAGCAGACACCGCAGCCAGACAGAUCUCCGUUUGCCGCCGCUCGAACGAACGAACGAACGAACGGGGGGGCAAGGUCCCAGUGUGGAGUGUGAAAGAAGACGACGCAAAGCGAGCAG